UGCGUCCUGAGCUGCAGGUCUUCACUGCAGUCCGCAGUAGAUCCAGCGGCAUCAUCUCCAUCCGCAUCCUCCCUGCACCCCCACGGCAGGUGGAAAGGACACUGUGGACAAUGGCUUUCAUCACAGUCUGGGCGUUGUUGGCUCUGGUGGUUUCAGCAGAGGGAAGUGUCGGGCCGAGUACCAACGGCAGCUUUUGCACAGAGUCAAAAGAGUGUUUGGAGUACGAGCUGGUCUGUAAAACGGAUGAAUAUGAGGUGAGACACUACAGUCCGACCCGCUGGGUGUCCACAGACGCUGAGGCCUACUUCAUGGGAGUGGGAGCGGCGAUGGCCUUCAGGAGACUCUUCCAGUACAUCACCGGAUCCAACGAAGGAGGCGUCCAGAUGGAGAUGACGGCCCCUGUCCUGGUGAAGAUCCCGGAGCAGACCAGGAUGUGGGAACCAGCUGUUUACACGCUCAACUUCCCCCUGCCGGCAGCCUAUCAGGACAAACCGCCCACACCCACCAAUGACAAGCUGUAUUUCACUGAGAUGCCAGAGAUGGACGUGUACGUGAGGAGUUAUGGAGGCUGGAUGCUGUCGGUGACGUCCAGACUCCACGCUCACCUUCUGACCAAAGAACUGGAGAGAGUCAGGGCGUCAUACAACUGCAGCUACCACUACGGAGUUGGCUACGACAGUCCUCUGAAGCUGCUCAACAGACACAACGAGGUGUGGUACGUGGCCGAGGGGGAGCCGGUCUGCACGGAUCCAAAGGAGCCCACCCCCGCACACACAACCAAGCCCACUCAGACCGCCCCCCCCACAGACUCACCCUCCGACUUCCCCCCACACACACUCUCUGACUCCCCCUCCCUCACCCCUUCCAACAUCUCCUCUGAUCCGUCAUCCAACUCCUCGCAAACCCCGCCCGACGUCACCUCCGCCUCCGCCGCUCCCCCGUCUCAGGCGCCGUCCAGUGCGUCUUCACCCCACUUGACCUCCGAGGCCGCUUUGAGCCUGGCCCCCACCUCGGCCCAGAUCCUGCAGGACCAGACCACCAACUCUUCAGACCCCGUCUCCGUGAGCCCCUCGGUGGAGCCCCAGGCCGACGCCGCCCCGUGGAACAGCACAGCCCACAGCUCGGUGGAUACACCAGCCCACAGCGAGGCCGGGGUGGAGCCCGCUGACGCUCAUUAGCAGCCUGCACAUUCGCUUUAAGCCACUGUUUAGGUACAGCAACACCAAGUCCACAUCGAAAGGAAACAGUGGAGAAGUGACCGAAAGAUGAGUGAGAGUGUGUGAUAGUUGAAAAUGCUCUUGUCUUCCUCUUUACCUCUUACUUCCUGUGUGUCACUUAGUAUUCAGCUGUAUCUUCUGUCACCGCUUCGCAUCUGCAGCAAACACACGCCUUUCCACUUUAUCCUUAUCACUCUUUGGCUACACUGAACACUUACCAUGAGGAGACAACAUUUAGGGUUUUUAUCAUGCCAUGAACUUUUGACAAAACAACAUAAUCUGGAAAGUUUUAGUGUUGUGGAUAAGUUACCAGCAGUGUUGUGUAAGUUACUUCCAAACUGUAAUUCAUGACAGAUUACUUGUUACUGUUAAAAGUAAUUCCUUACCUUACAAUAUUACUGUCUCAGAAUUGUAAUGCGUUACA